AUUACCCCCUUUUGGGACCCGAUAGUAUUUAGUAAUGGUCCUCAUGGACCUCUUCGUCUCCCAUGGCAGUGGCCUCCAUUUCUGAUUAAAGUGGUGCUUUAAUGGAGGUCGGAGGCUACGGCGGUGGCCUCUGUUGAGUUGCUUCUGCUCUGUACUGAGCGAUUUGAACAGAGGAAGAAGAUGGGCCAGGGGCUGAGUUGCAGUGCGAGUCAUGAGAAUGGAUUGUUUAGUGCUGUGCAGUGUGGAGAUUUGGCGAUGGUUGAAGUUUUCUUGAAGAACAAACCAUCUAUGUUGCUUAAUACCACUCUUUAUGAUCGUCAAUCUCCGCUGCAUAUUGCCGCUGCUAAUGGUCAGAUCGAGAUCCUCUCUUUGCUUUUGGAACGAUCUGUUAAUCCGGAUUUGUUGAAUCGUCACAAACAGACUCCGCUUAUGUUGGCAGCAAUGCAUGGGAAGAUCUCCUGUUUGAGGAAGCUCCUUGAAGUUGGAGCAAAUAUUUUGAAGUUUGAUUCCCUUAACGGGCGAACUUGCUUGCAUUAUGCUGCUUAUUAUGGCCAUUUUGAUUGCCUAGAAGCCAUUCUUUCUGCAGCUCAAUCAAGCCCUGUAGCUGCUUCUUGGGGAUUUGUACGAUUUGUGAAUAUUAGAGAUGGUAAGGGAGCAACCCCUUUGCACUUAGCAGCUCGUCAAAGACGACCUGAAUGCAUUCAUAUUCUGUUGGAUAAUGGAGCUCUUGUUGGUGCUUCAACUGGUGGAUAUGGAUGCCAAGGAAGUACACCCCUUCAUUUGGCAGCCCGUGGGGGGUCUUUGGAUUGCAUUAGGGAAUUGUUGGCUUGGGGGGCAGAUCGUCUUCAAAGAGAUUCCUCUGGGAGAAUUCCUUAUGUAAUUGCUAUGAAGCAUAAACAUGGAACCUGUGCAGCCUUGCUGAAUCCUUCAUCCACUGAGCCGCUUGUUUGGCCAUCACCCUUGAAAUUUAUCAAUGAGCUUAAUCAAGAAGCAAAAGCUUUAUUAGAACAGGCUUUAAUGGAGGCCAACAGGGAGAGAGAGAAGAGCAUCUUGAAGACAAAUUCUCAUGAAUUUUCCUCUCCAUCACAUUCUGAUGCAGUGGACGACAGUUUGUCUGAGAUCAGUGAUGGAGAUGCAGAGCUAUGCUCCAUUUGCUUUGAGCAACCUUCCACAAUUGAAGUCCAAAACUGUGGCCAUGUCAUGUGUGCUCAAUGCACUCUUUCCCUUUGCUGCCAUAGCAAACCGAACCCAGCCACGGCGUGCUUGACGCCUCCGGUUUGCCCGUUUUGCCGAAGCAACAUUAUCCACUUAGUUGUCAAGAAAACUAAAACAAAGGAGGAAGUUGACGACCAUGAAACUAAUAACUCUAAGCAGAGAAAGGGAAGGAAGUCCCACAACUUCUGUGAAGGUGGCAGUAGUAGCUUCAAAGGGUUGUCAUCGAUGACCCCAUUUGGGAAGAUCAGCGGUGGUCGGAGCUCAGGACGAAUAGCUGCAGAAGAGGAUGAAUUCGUUGAUAAGCUUGGUUAAACCAAGAUCCUUUUUCCCGCAUUGUCGAAAGGUCAAAAGUUUGAAUUACUUAGACUUUUGGCGUCGGACCUAUCAAAUACAUAAAACAUAGAACGAAUGAAAAUAAAAAGCCAAAAAAAAGUGUUGCUUGUAGAAUUGGGAAAUGAGAAAGAUAUUAAGCCAAGAAAUGAGUUGGGUUGGUGACU